ACCAAGAUCCAACGGACCUGCCCACCCCGGAGCCCCUCCUCUCUCUCUCUCGCCCCGCUCCGUCUCUUCCUCCUCCGCCCCCGCCGGAUCUCCGAGCGCAGCUCGCCGUCCGACCCACCUUAUCCGGCGAGACCAAACCCUAACCCUAAUCCAUGGAGUUCUAGGGUUUCCAUGGACUCUCCUUAGGUCUCUCUCUCUUUUUUUCCUAGUUACGAAAAAUCGGAUCUUUUUUGUUGUUCGCCGUCCUCUCUGUUCCAAUGGAAGAACCGAAGCCCUAGUUCCUUGAAUCCUCGCUGAGAAAGAAUACCAACGUUCUUUGUUUCUGGAUCGGAACCUCUAUAACCCUAAUCGCUUAGAAUUCCGCGGGAAACGAUCCCGGUUUCCACCUCCUUUUACUGUUUCUUUGGAUACUUGAGGUGUUCUUCUUCGACUUGGAUUCCAGGGAUUUCCAUCCAUAAACCUCAAAAGCCCGCUUUUUUUUUUUUUUUUAAUACCUAAUUCCAGUCUAAAUAAGUCCACAUGAGAAUCCUCUCAGCUCCUAUUCGCGCAUAGAAUUAUACUCCGAGAGCCGGAAUUCUAUCAAGUCUUCAUUCGUUUUCUCUCGAGACCAGCUCGGAAACGCUAGAUUUUGAUCAGGGGAUUUAUAGAUAGAUUCGAAUUUAGCAUAAAGAUUGGAUCUUGAUUGAUGGCGGAUUCGGAUAACGAGUCGGGAGGGCCGAACAACAGCAAUGCGGCGGGGAGCAGCGAGUUCUCGUCGCCGAGGGAGCAGGAUCGCUUCCUGCCGAUCGCGAACGUGAGCCGGAUCAUGAAGAAGGCCCUCCCGGCGAACGCCAAGAUCUCCAAGGACGCCAAGGAGACGGUCCAGGAGUGCGUCUCCGAGUUCAUCAGCUUCAUCACCGGCGAGGCCUCCGACAAGUGCCAGCGGGAGAAGCGCAAGACCAUCAACGGCGACGACCUUCUCUGGGCCAUGACCACCCUCGGCUUCGAGGAGUACGUCGAGCCCCUCAAGGCCUACCUCCAGAAGUUCCGGGAGAUGGAGGGCGAGAAGGGCAGCUCCUCCUCGUCGCAACCCCAGCACAAGGAAGGAGGUAGCGGCGGCGCUAUCGGUAACAGCGGUGGCAGCGGUAUCGGAAUGUACGGUGGUGGUGGAGGGAUGAUGAUGAUGGCGCCGCAGAUGUAUGGCUCGCCGCCGUCGUAUCACCAUCAGAUGUCAAUGGGUGGGAAAGGCAGUAUGGGCAGUGGUGGCGGCGGCGGCGGCGGCGCCGGUGGGAAUUCUACCUCUUCUUCAGCUGGCCUUGGAAGGCAGGGCAGGGUAUGAUGUCAACUGUGUUGGUACAGUUCAUGUUAGUGCUUUUGUUGUCUUAGUAUUGCUUGGACUUUUAUUACUUCUUGUAGUUUGGGUUCUCUGUCUGGGUCAGAGCUACAGUUGGGUGAUUUUCUCACAGAAAACAUUGGAAUGAGAUGUGUAACAUAGUGUGGUCUCUGAAUUCUCUGAACUGGGGAGGGAGAGGUGAUAUAUUGUAUAAUACUGCGAAUUUAUGAUCAUGAAUGGAACCUACUUCUUUGUUGGGAAA